AUGCGCUCUGGGGCAGCUGUCAGGACCUGCCAGAAAGUCUGCAGAUGCCUGUUGUCUGGUUUUGGGGGUCGAGUAGAUGGGGGCCAGCCAGAGCCGUUGACGGAAGGGAAUAGCCUCCUUGGAGGGCCCCCGAGUUCGCACACGGAACUGCCCGGGGGGCGCGAACCAAGAGAAGCCCCAGAGGCUGGAGAGGGGAGCGAAACGCUGGUAGAGAUCUGUCAGAGGAGGCAUUUCCUCAAUGGCACCCAGUGGCGGGUUAGCCGAGAUUCCCUCCUGAGCGGGUGCCACGCCGGCUUUGGCCCCCUGGGCUUAGAGCUGCGGAAGAACCUGAAGGCAGAAUGGUGGUCCUCCGUGGUGGCGUUCAGGGAACAGGUCUUUCCGGUAGACGCCCUCCACCAUGAAUCGGGCCCUUCGCUGCCCGGGGACAAUGCCUUCAGGUUAGUUGCCGCAGAAACUAUACGCGAAAUCCUGCAAGACAAAGAACUGAGUAAGGAACAGCUAGUAGCAUUUCUUGAGAACUUAUUAAAAACUCCUGGGAAACUACGGGAGAACCUUCUUCACGGUGCCUUGAAGCAGUAUGUUAAUUGCUUGGAUCUGGUAAAUAAGAGGCUCCCUUAUGGCCUCGCUCAGAUUGGAGUGUGUUUUCAUCCUGCUUCUGAUACUAAGCAGACACCUAAUGGCGCCAAAAGAAUUGGUGAGACGACGGAAGCUUCACUGGUAUGGUUUACUUCAGCGAGAACUGCCAGCCAGUGGCUUGAUUUCUGGUUACGUCAUCGACUCCUGUGGUGGAGAAAGUUUGCUGUGAGUCCAUCUAACUUCAGCAGCAGUGACUGUGAGGAUGAAGAGGGACGGAAAGGAAACAAGCUUUACUACAAUUUUCCCUGGGGAAAGGAGCCGAUAGAAACCCUGUGGAAUCUAGGAGAUCAGGAACUGUUACACACGUAUCCUGGAAAUGCGUCUCAAUUACAUGGCCGAGAUGGACGAAAAAAUGUGGUUCCUUCUGUUUUAUCUAUAAAUGGAGAUCUUGACAGAGGCAUGCUGGCUUACCUCUUCGAUUCUUUCCAGCUAACAGAGAAUUCCUUUACAAGAAAGAAAAAUCUUCAUAGAAAGGUACUUAAGCUUCACCCUUGUCUGGCUCCUAUUAAGGUUGCUUUGGAUAUGGGAAAAGGCCCAACAGUGGAACUAAGACAGGUUUGUCAAGGGCUGUUUAAUGAAUUACUAGAAAGUGGAAUUUCUGUGUGGCCUGGUUAUUUGGAAACUGCACAGUCCUCAUUGGAACAACUUUAUUCAAAAUAUGAUGAAAUGAGUAUCCUCUUCACAGUUUUGAUUACUGAUGCUACUUUGGAGAAUGGAUUAAUACAUCUGAGAAGUAGAGACACCACUAUGAAGGAAAUGAUGCAUAUAUCCAAAGUAAAAGACUUUUUAACCAAGUAUAUAUCAUCAGCUAAGAAUGUAUAA